CAAGAAAAUUAGAAAAGAAAAGAAAAAACAAAAACACGGAAGGAGCACGAAACAACGAUACUCUUCGACACCAAUCUUUCAUUCACAGUUUCCCCCCAAAUGGUUCUUUAGAUCUCAAACUGGAAUAUUUCGGCAAUGAUUUUAAGAUCCAAAAUCAAAUGGGUAGCUCUUGGAGGACUCAUUUUAUCCAUACUUUCAUUGGUUGUGCACUUAAUUCUUGCCAAAUAUUCUACUCAAAAUCUUGUUUCUUAUAGUACUUUCACUAUAAUUAGUGAUGAUAUUGGUGUUUCUGUUGGAGGGACACAGGUUUUUGGUUACAAGAAAUUAUGGGAAAAUCUUAAGUUCCUCCAAUCCUUACAGCCUUAUUCUAACCCUAGAACUUCGUUUCCUGAGCCUGCUGUUCAAAGCAACGGUUUCAUAUAUGCUAAAAUAUAUGGCGGAUUUGAGAAGAUAAGAAAUUCGAUUGCUGAUCUUGUCGCUGUAUCCAGACUCUUAAAUGCAACUUUGGUCAUCCCGGAAAUUCAAGAAAGUCUCCGGUCAAAAGGCAUCAGCUCAAAGUAUACAUGCUUUUCGUACAUAUACAAUGAAGAGCAGUUCAUAGCAGCUCUUAAAAGUGAUGUAAUAAUUGUGAAGACAUUGCCUUCUAAGUUGAAGGAAGCUAGAAAGCAAAAACAGUUUCCAAUUUUUAAGCCUACACGCUCUGCUUCCCCGAGUUAUUAUACUUCAGAAGUUUUACCGGCAUUGGAAAAAGCAAAGGUUGUUGGUUUGGUCAUCGCUGAUGGAGGCUGUCUACAGGAUGCCCUUCCUCGUAGCUUGCUUGAGUAUCAAAGGCUUAGGUGUAGGGUUGCUUAUCAUGCACUGCGCUUUAGAGAAGAAAUUUUGGCACUUGGGCAUGAAAUUGUGAAGAGGUUACGUGCUUCUGGUCAACCAUACAUUGCUUAUAAUCCAGGCCUUGUCAGAGAUGCAUUAGCAUAUCAUGGUUGUGGAGAGCUUUUUCAGGAUGUUCAUACUGAACUGAUACAGUAUCGGAGAGAACAGAUGAUUAAGCAACGUAUAGUCAGAGAAGAGCUAGCUGUUGAUUCACAUGCUCGGAAAUUAAAUGGUUCUUGCCCCCUUAUGCCUGAGGAGGUAGGUUUGCUGCUUCGAGCCAUGGGUUAUCCUCCUCUCACAAGAAUAUAUGUGGCAGGUUCAGAGAUUUUUGGUGGUCAGAGGGUGCUAAUCCCUCUCCGUGCCAUGUACACCAACUUGGUAGACCGAACUUCGUUGUGCAAUAAACAGGAGUUAUUGAACUUGUUUGGCCCCGAAAAACCACUUGCAGAGGAUUCUGUUGAGCCACUUCCAUCUAAAAGCCCAAAGUUGUUCAAGGAAGAAUGGGACAAGGCUGGUCCACGGCCUAGGCCCCUCCCCCCUCCACCAGGAAAACCUAUUUAUCGUCAUGAAAAGAAGGGAUGGUAUGGCUGGGUUGCUGAAAAAAAUGUCGAGCCAGACCCCUCACCGGCAGAGCUGAGAAGUCAGGCACAUAGGCUCUUGUGGGCUGCUCUUGAUUAUAUAGUGUCAUGUGAAGCAGAUGUAUUUUUCCCUGGAUUCCAUAACGAUGGCAGCGGGUCACCGGAUUUUUCAAGUUUAGUUUUUGGACACCGGCUUUAUGAAAUGGCGUCAUUGAGAACAUAUAGACCAAAUAGGGAGAACGAUGCAGGGAAAAUGAACUGCAUAUCUGCUGUAUACUCAAAUCAACAUAGUACAAUGUUCUAACACGAGCUCAUAAUUCAUUUUCACCAGGAAAUAUCUGGCAGAAUUAUUCAAUAGUAGUAGUGAUAAUAUGUACCAUCCCAAACGCAGUUGGAUCCUGUCGGUCAGAGAACAUUUGAACAAGAGUGUCGGCGAGGAAGGCCUUUUAAGGGAGUUUAGACUUUCAAAACCCACUUUUUUUCUUUCUUACCCCAUUCCCGAGUGCUCUUGUCGGACAUCGAAUACCGAUGAGCUUGUAAGUUCAAUAUAUGAAGGUGUCGACGAAUGCCCUAAAUGGAUGGAGAAAGGGCUGAAAAUCAGUUCACCCGACUCAAGUACUGUGAAUGAAUCACUAGAGGAUGAUGCCGAAUUAGACAAGCAGUUUGAACCCGAGGAAGACAACUCAACACAGACAAGACCGUCAAUCGAGCAGGAUGAAGAAAUGGAUCCUAGCGACUAAAAGUUUGGAAAUAUGAUCCCUUCUUUUACGCCAUAUUCAUUCAAGUACUUUGCAUUCUGCUUUGAAUCUUAACUGGCUCGAGCAGUUAUAGUUUGGAGAAUGCUAAUGGACCGAGGGCUUAGGUUCUUUUACAACUGUCUCCCAUCAUAUUGAGGUUUCGUUUCGAGGUGCUAUGAAGGUCGAGUUAUCUUCUGCGAGUAUUUGCCUCUCGUCGUUGCAAGCAUAUGCUAAAUGUUCAAUGAAAAUUCCUCCGGGGAAGCUGUGAUUUUCGGAAGCUGAGAUGAAACAAGGUUCAUUUUGUUAAUUCUUUUAAUAUACAUACAGGCUGCAGGCAUUACACACAAAAUUACAUGUUUUGUUCAUUUUUUUCUUCAUUUUGGCCGAAAAUCAUUUUAUUCACCCAUAGAACAAGGUUUUUUUUUUUCCUUUUAUAUUCACCAAUGUAUAUCAAUGUAGUCUGAAUUUUUUUUCACGGAAAUUAAUAAAAGUUGUAUGCUUUUGUUGAGGUA